AUGCAACGGCAGGCAGUCGAAAACAUCCUCGCCACCACCAUACCAGGUCACCAACCACACACCCGCCUCCGUCUGGCUGCGCUCUCCCGCCAUGAAGCAGCUCCACAAGUCUUCCCCCACCCACGCGCCAUCGUCGGCGCAUGCGCCGGCUCCCAAGGCCGCCAAGCCGGCGCGCCCCGGCCGCGCUCCUGGAUCGGGUAUGUCCUCCGCGAGCAGUGCCUCCUCUUCGUCCUCCUCGGCGCGCUCAUCGUCUCCACCUUCUUCCUCCUCCGGCCCUACCUCUUGCUCUCCCCGUCCUCCCACCUCCCCGACGCCCGCCCGCUCUUCUCCUUCGCCACCCGCUCCGGCGUCCCCGCCGGCUUCCGCUCGCCGCCGCGCCGCGUCGUCGUCACCGGCGGGGCAGGGUUCGUCGGCAGCCACCUCGUCGACCGGCUCCUGGAGCAGGGGGACAGCGUGAUUGUGGUCGACAACUUCUUCACCGGCAGGAAGGAGAACGUUGCGCACCACCUCCGGAACCCCAGGUUCGAGCUGCUCCGCCACGAUGUGGUCGAGCCAAUCCUCCUUGAGGUCGACCGGAGCAGGGCGCGACGGAGCUAUGAGCGGCGUGCAGCCUCGCGUGGUCGAGGGCAGGAGCAUGUGGCCCUGCGCCAGGUACGGCCCGAGAAACCUGGCUCGCGGCAGGAUCCGCGUGAGCCCGACUGCACGUAA